AUGGCGACACCCCCUCGUGUAUCUCCCUCCGAUGUGUCUAGUCCUCCUCGCAAUACUGAGAAUCCUUACAUACAACCCAUUAAUUCUCGAAUCCCUUCCUCUCAGUCUCGUGCUCCGGUCAAUCCCACUUCUACGAGCAUACAGCCUAUGGCCACUCGUAAACGUCAUGGUAUUGUGAACCCAUCAAUAAACUCAAACUUUAUAUUGACUCCUCUUCCUUACCCAUUUUGUUUGAAAAUCUUGGGUACAAAACCCAGGCAUCCCCUUAGAUCGUUGAUGUUUUACGGCUUACCUCUCACAUGUUGGUCUACAGUGUGGCGUGGGACACUAUAUUGUUUACUUUUCUUAGUUGAAAAAAGUUAUCGACCAUUAGAACAUCCACGAUGGUGAGUUCAAUGAGAGAGUUGAAUGGGAUGACAAGUCUAUGUGUCAUUCAAUGGAUGAAACUCUACCAGUGUGAGAUGUCACCUUGACAUUCAAUGGAUUUGGAAUUCAAUGACCAUUGAACUCUUUAAUGGGAAAAAAAGAAGGUUUUUAAUUCUUAAAUAUAUACUAUAAAUUACAUUUUAUAACAUUCUAUUGAACUUUGUAGAGUUCAAUGCAUUGUAGGAAAAAAAUAAUAGAGUUGUAUGAAUUGUAGAAACAUGAUGUGGCAAUCCAUUGAACUAUAUGGAGUUCAAUGUAUUGUGGAUAUCCUUAGUUUAAUUUGACAAAUGCUAUUAAAUAAAAUGAGAAUUAAGCAAUGCAGUUUAUAAAUCAGGAACCUUGGUCACUGAGAAAGUGACAUCAUGUGUCAUAAGAGAAGAUAGCAGCUCAUCAGUUGACUGAUGCCACAGGCUCUCUUGGUUACAACCCUGAAACCCUUCAAUGCUGUGUGGUUCCUCAUUCAUUGUUGAUUUUGGCAAUGGGUCAAAUAUUGCAUCUGACAAUUGGUUCCUG